UAACACCGCCCCCGCCCCUCGUUCCCGAGCUGAUAUCCACAUGAGCUCCAUGGACCUCUGCUCACUUGCCACAUUCCUGUUUCAAUCCCUGUUUCCUACAGCCACCCUCUGGCCGCACUUUGCUUCCCCCGUUGCAGCCGGAGUGGCAAAAAUUCGCCUUGUAAAUAACUCAUCCCUCCUAAUGCCCUCCCACUCCGCCCCCGCUGUCGCCUCCUGUGUUCGCUUCUGUCCUCUUAAAUCCUUGCUGGCCUCGUCCGUGGAGGCGGUUUCAUCACUGGGGCAGUGGGAAAAUCGGGUCAGCCCUACGUCGCUUUCGCCUGGCAGGUCCCGGAUGCCAACACCAGGGUCCCGCCCCGUCGCCACUUCCAGGAAAACCCUGGCCAGGCCCCUUUUUGUGCGCACUUCUCCGAGUGCCCUUUAAAAACAACCAUGGCUGCGGGAAGUGCCAUAAGAUACCUCCAGGAGGAAACCACCUGCGCUGUCUGCCUGGACUUCUUCCACGACCCUGUCAUGAUCCUCAGCUGCGGCCACAAUUUUUGCCGCCGUUGUCUCGAUUGUUGCUCGGUGGAUGCCGCCGGCGGUGGUUCCUGUCCGCAGUGCCGGGUCCCUUUCCCGCACGGCGGCUUCCGUCCCAACCGGCAGCUGGCCAACGUGGUGGCUGCCAUCCAGGAGCUGGACAUGCCGGCGGCGCAGGAGCUUUGCCGGAGGCACCAACAGCCCCUCACUCUUUUUAGUCACCGGGAUGGAAUCCUCGUCUGCGCUGCCUGCGCUGAGCGUCGCGCUGAGCCCGCUGUGCCCCUCGAAGAGGCCGCUCGCUGGUACAGGAAGCAGUUUGAAGGUUCCCUAAAAAGCCUGCAAGAGGAGUACGAGCGAUGUGCCAGUCUCAGCGAGGCAGCAAAGGAGACAAGACAGGAGAUGCUGACUCGAGUCAGUGCUGAGAAGCAGAAGCUGCUGGCGAUGCUGGAAGAGCUCCGGCGGGUUUUGAGUGAACAGGAAUCACGUUUCCUUGCCCGGUUCCGUCGCCUGUGCUGGAGGCUGGAGGAACAGCAACAUGGUGAAGCUGCCAAGAUAACCUGGAUCCGGCAACACCGUGCUGAGCUCCAGGCCAAGUGCCAGCAACCGGAUGUUGAUCUGCUACGGGAUGCCCAAACCACCCUGAGCAGGUGCACAGAGAGGAAGGUGCAGCCGUUGCUGCCGUCGAUGCCAGAGCUGGAAGCAGAGCUUGAGGAUGUUACCCGGAAAACCAACGUGCUGGCAGAGGCAGUGACACAGUUUAAAGGCAUCUUGGGCUGUUCACUGGAGGAAGACUCAGGGGGAUACCAGAGAGCAACUGUGACCCUGGAUCCAGCCACAGCUCACCCCCAAAUCCUGGUGUCAGCAGAUGGCCGGACUGCAGGCCGCCGGGAAUCACCCCCAGCUCCUCUUCCCUCAGGAAAGGAGCGUUUUGAGUCUCUCCGCUGUGUUUUGGGUCGGCAGGGCUUCGUGGGGGGCCGGCACUGCUGGGCCGUGGAGGUUCGUCCUGGUCCCGACUGGGCACUGGGGGUGGCUCGGGAAUUCGUGUCUCGUAAGGGCUGCUUUGGUCUCAGCCCUGAACGCGGAGUUUGGGCUGUGGGGCAGUGGUUGGGGCAGCUGCAGGCUCUCACCUGGCCCAGCCCCACAUGUCUGCCCCACAGCUACACGCUCCGACGCAUCGAGGUGGCUCUGGAUUACGCCGGCGGGCGGGUGGCUUUCCGCGAUGCUGACAGCCAGACCGAAAUCUUUGCCUUUCCCCCAGCCACUUUUGCCGGUGAGCGACUCCGGCCACUGCUCUGGCUGGGUGAGGGGCCAGCUCUGCUCACCUUCUGCUCCUGAAUCCCCCAAAAACCGACCAUGAACUUCCACCACCCCAGCAAACCCUGCACUCAAUAAACAGCCCCAACUCCCCCCCGACCCAUUUCAUUUUCCUUAUAACACCUAAUUUAACAACAUUAAUCACAUUUCACUCUCUUGCUCCUCAGUGGGAGAACAGAGAUAUUUUUAUUUCCCACAGCACAGAAAAACAAGGAGAACAUGCCUAAAA